UGCUAUUUAGUGCAUACCCUUGAGACCGAAGAACACCAUCUCGGACAUGAUUUCAAUGUUAUCCCGUAUAAAUACUCCGGCCGGUCGCGGCAAUUCUUCACUUGAUCAUUCCAGUUUGUUCAACACCCAUUACACCUAGCACAAUGGCUUUCAAAGUUAUCCUUGCCUGCGCCUUCCUCGCCGUGGCCCGCGCCGCCGGCCCAGCCGCCUACAGCAUCGGCUCCGUUGCCUACGGAUACGACGGAUCCGUCGGCAAUGUCCACGAACAAACUGUCAAGUCAUACGGAGGCCUCUCAUCCGUCUCCGAAUACUCCAAGAGCGUAGUCGGCCCCCACGCCACCGCCUACGCCCAGGUCUCCCGCUCAAGCAACUCCGGAUACGGAGCCGGCUACGGAUACGGUGCCGGUUACGGAUACGGUGCCGGUCACGGAUACGCUGCACCCGCCGUCGUAGCAGCCCCAUCCGUCGUCGCCGCCCCCGCCCCCGUCUACGGAGCCUACGGUAAGGUCGCCGCUCCCUACGCCGCCUACUCCGGCUACGGUGCCGGUUACGGAUACGGAGCUGGUUACGGAUACGGAGCCGGUUACGGAUACGGAAAGAGCUACGUCUCCUCAUACGCUACCCCAGCUGUCUCCACCUACGCUGCCCACGCUCCCGUCGUCUCCAGCUACGCCGCCCCCGCUGUCUCCACCUACGCUGCUCACGCUCCCGUCGUCUCCAGCUACGCAGCCCCCGCUGUCUCCACCUACGCCGCUCACGCUCCAGUUGUCUCCAGCUACGCUGCCCACGCUCCCGUUGUCUCUAGCUACGCUGCCCCCGCUGUCUCCACCUACGGAUACGGAAAGAGCUUCGUCUCCAGCUACGCUGCCCCCGCUGUCUCCACCUACGCCCACGCUCCCGUAGUCUCUAGCUACGCUGCCCCCGCUGUCUCCACCUACGCCCACGCUCCCGUAGUCUCCAGCUACGCUGCCCCCGCUGUGUCCACCUACGCUCAUGCCCCAGUUGUCUCCAGCUACGCUGCCCCUGUCUCCAGCUACGGAUACGGAAAGAGCUACGUCUCCAGCUACGCUACCCCCGCUGUCUCCACCUACGCUCACGCUCCCGUGGUCUCCAGCUACGCUGCCCCCGCUGUCUCCACCUACGCCCACGCCCCCGUAGUCUCUAGCUACGCUGCCCCAGCUGUCUCCAGCUACGCUCAUGCCCCAGUUGUCUCCAGCUACGCUGCCCCAGCUAUCUCUAGCUACGGCCAUGGCGCUGUUGCCCAUUACUAGAUUGUAAAUUAAAUAAAUCGUUACCACUGCCAGUUACCAUCAACAAGACUGCGAUACUCGCAAUUUUGUCGAUCGAAAACGUUAAACUUGGUAUCAUCAUUCGAUCAGUUCCUUUUUCUCAUUUGUCUUUCUGAUUCUUUUCAUCGAACAAAUUGUUAAUUUAUAUUUAUUUAUAAAUUUUGAUACAAUUCUGUCUCUUCAAAAUGUGAAUAAAAAGUUAUUUAUUUAUUUUUCAA